AUGUACAGAGACAGCUAAAUAUUGCGGUGCACGCCAUUUAAAAGGUGGACCAGUCUAGACUUGAGUGGAGUGAAGGUCCUUGUGGCACUCCUGAGGUGGCACUGGAACACUACACGUUACAGGCACUUAACCACCAGCUCGCCACGACACCACGUCACCCCAGCUCGCCACACAGCCACCCCUGCAGCCACAAAGAGACCAAGAGGAGGGAAAGAGAGAGAAACAAGAGGAAGGAGGGGUGACUGAGCUGCAGCAGACUUUGCACUAAGCAAGACAGCCCUUCCCUCCCUCCCUCCCUCCUUCCCCAGUCCCCUGCAGAGGCUUGGGGCAGUGAGGGGAAGCACUGGCACUCUAGCUAGGCAUGGUGUUGUUAGUGGAGGGGGCGCCGCUGCCCCGGUGCCCUGCCUCCACCGAUGAUUUCUUUGCCUGCUGGCCACAGGUGGCUGAGGCUGGCCGCAACUUUGCGGGCCAGAAGGUGCGGCCGGUGGAGGCAAGGCACGCACUGUAUGUGGGCCAGGGGGAGUUUGGUGUGGUGCCGGGUGGGGACCCAAGGGUGCGUGUGGUGGGGUCCGAUGAUGCCACCACCUGCCACAUGGUGGUGGUGCGGCACCCCAGCGGCACUGUGGCUGUGGCACAUUUUGAUGGGAGUCGGGGAGAGGAGGCAGCCCUGGGUGACAUGGUGGCCAAGAUAAUGGGCAUAGAGGGGCACGGAGAGGGGCUGGAGGUGUCCGUGGUCGGGGGCUACCAGCCAGAGCGCGGCAGCAAGGAGGCAGCACGGGCUGAGGCGGAGCAGCUGUCCCUCAAGCUACUGGAGGCAUUGGUGCGCCACGAGUGCCACUUCCGGUUGUGUGUGUGGUGCACCUGCCGCCUCAACACCACACAGAGUGCCAGUGGGCCACACCCCAGGGUGUACGGCGUGGCAGUGGAGAUCCAGAGCGGCACGCUGUUCCCGGCACACUUCAAGAUGCAGGAGCCGGACAUGCCUCUGCGCUCUGCCUCGCGCUGGAUGGCCGGGGGCCGCCACCCCCUUGACCUGUAUGACCACUCCUCUGGCACCAUCACCAUCCACCCCUUCCACUGCUCUGAGGCGGACCUCUUCGCCGUCUACCUCAAGCUGCCAGACGACGUGCUACUCAGGAACUUCUCCACGUCUCCCAAGGUGGAGCCGCCUCACUUCUGCCAGGAGCUGCGCCGUGUGUUCAAGGUGUUCGUGGACCACCCCAGGCCCCUCGAGUCACUCUUUGUAGGCAACCGGCCCAAGAAGUAUGCCAUCAGUGCCAGCGGUGUGUGGGAGCCGGUGCAGUAGUGUAGGCAGCAGUGUGGUGGUGGGCAGGGGCCCCUCGCUGUGUGGGAAGCCUCAGCACUGCUUGCCUUUGGGUUUGAUUUUUGUUGAUUCUCCUACUUAUCUGGGAACAAAUUCUCUCUCUCUCUCUCUCUCUCUCUCUCUCUCUCUCUCUCUCUCUCUCUCUCUCUCUCUCUCUCUCUCUCUCUCUCUCUCUCUCUCUCUCUCUCUCUCUCUCAUUAGGUUUGAAAGCAAAUAACAAACCACAAGUCUUUUCUCUUAAAACUUCCAGUAGUGGAUAUUCAGGCAAGAGGAGGAGGAGGAGGAGAGGAGCAGCAGCAUGUGAUCUAUUAUUUUACUGCCUUCACUGUGAUGUGGCUUUAGGUCUUUAAGAGAGGUCGGCGCCCCACAUGGCACCGACUGGCCCUGUGAUCUCACUGUGUUGCAAUAGAGCUUGGCAUGAGGGAGUGGUGUUGGCGUGGUGCGGUGUGGUGUGGCGUGAUAAGAUGAUGGUGCCUCCCUCAUGUGACAAUCCUCAAGGGUAAAUACUGCCAAGGUUUUAUUUACUUUGUCACAAUCAGUGUUGCCAAAGGUACCCAGCAUGGCCUGGCUGGGUGAGGGUGGAGGCAAUCAUGAGGAGGUGCCUGUGUGUCCUGCACCCCUGAAUCAUUAGCUUAGCAUCUCACAGGGCUUUUGGCUUGCACCAGGGUCUCUGUUUUCAGAUUUUUAAGGCUUACUCUUAUUAUUUUUAGGUGUGUGUGUGUGUGCUUGAGUGAGUGUGUGAAUUGUGUGUCUGGUUGUUUCAAAUGCUUCUAGUUUGACUGUGGUAAAUCUACUAUAAGUGCAUUAGUAAGUCCUCCUUUCUUAUCUCAUGUUAUUGUUUUCUUUGUGAAGUUUGGGCAAAGUUGAGUUGCUUGAGUUGCUUCCUGGAUAUUUUGUGAUGAAAUCGGAGAGUUGUGGGUCUCGUCCCGGCAGGAGACAACUUUGCCUUGGCUUCACCUUAGGACACUGACAGACAGCAGAUGAUACUCAGAAUUGGCUUAACUUUGGUGAUACUCAAGUCUUUCAAACCUUACUUGUGUUGCAUUCUGCUGAUGUUGAUUAGUUGUAUGUAGGUCUGUCAAGCGCCAAACCAGGUAUUACGUUGCAUCGAGACACACACACGUACGCCGGCUGGUGAUAGACAGGGUAUCCAUUUGUACAGUUACCCACAACAGUGAUGACAUUUUCUAUACAACAUUAUAUAGGUUAAAACAAAACAAAAGAUAUGAAAAAGGAAAAACAGCAUUUGAUAAUCACAUCAUCAGUUUUGAUCUUUGCUCUUACCGUAAACUAGUCUAUUAAUCUAUUUAUUUCACCCAUGAACACUUACUAGAUUCUGUGACAUAUAUACUUUGCACAGAGGCAGAAAUAUAGAUUGAGGUGAAGCUCACUCAAAAAGAAAAAAAAAUCAAAAUUACUUUCGUAAAAUAGAGGAAGUAAAGAAAAGUAUAACCAAGAGAGAGCCAGUUGAUACUCCAAAGUUCUUAUAGGCCCAGAGAGAUGCAGAAACAGGAAUAGAGUCCCAGAGUUUAUCAGUGAGAGAAUUAAAAGAGCUAAGGUACAGGUUAACUCAUGGACUAGUAAAGUGGACAGUAUAGGGAUGAGGGAAAGGAUGAAAAAAAAAACAUUAUUUACAAGUUUAUCAUUGAAAGAUUGGAGGUACUGGUUAACUCAGACAUUGGUGAGAUGGACAACAAGGGUGAGAAAUUAAGAAAAAAAAAAAAGGCUGCAAAUAUCUAAUGGGGGAAGAUUCACUCCUGUCUGUAUUAGUAAGGUGAACAGAAUAGGGAUAAGAGUAAAGAAAGACUCAGACUAUUGCUUCUUAAAGAAAACAAGUGAAACAGUAGCAGUAUUAGCAAGAGUUUACUGAUGAAAGGAAUAAGAGAGUGAAAGUCCUGGUUAAAUUGUGUGUUAGUGAGGUGAACAAAAUAGGGGUGAGAGAGAGAGAGAGAGAGAGAGAGAGAGAGAGAGAGAGAGAGAAAAUACUUGAUUAUCCAAGAGUUUACUGGUGGAAGGAAUAAGAGAGUGAAAGUCCUGGUUAGCUCCUGCAUUAGUGAAGCACACAGAAUAAGUGAAAGAAAGAACAGCUGAAUUUGUAUACUAUAAAGAAAAUGUGGAAAUGUUGACAGUAUUAUGUUCUGGACCAGAAUUAUGAAGAAUCAAUACAACACUAAUGCAUCUAUUGAAAUAUUACAUGGCUCUCUCUCUCUAUUGCCUUGUAUAUGUUUAUUACCUGCCAGAAACAGUAUUGCCAAUUCAUCACGUAUUUCCUUUUUAUAAUUGCUGAACCUGUUUCAUAGCAACAGUAAAAAUAAAUGAGGUAAUUGAUUUAUAA